CAGGUGCACCCAUUGCGCAUCGCGAAGGGCACGCCAGCCUCGUCACCGACAAAAGCGCCCAACGCUCCCCAGCCCCGCCCCCUAUCUGAACUUUCUCCCACAGAAAGGAGACGCAAUUCUCCUAGCUCGAACCAAAUGGCUCCUACCAAGUCGAAUACCAGCAAUGGCAAUGAUUCGUCUCCAUUCCAGCCCUCGCCCGCCGACUCGGUGACCUCUCCGCGAGUCUUUUGGCAAAAUCGCAAUUCCGAGAACAUGUACGGCAACGGCUCACCCUCUCCCACCCGGCGUUCAUCGAUUGAGCGUCUCCAGAAGGCUUCCCGUGUCAAGAACAGCAAUAUCUUGGCACUUGAGCAGAAGCAGGAAUAUGAUCCAACCCGGGUUCCUCAGAUUGAGAGACCCCUAGCCAAGGUUCAGAGCACAUACGGUUUGCCGGUAGGCUCCCCUGGUCCUUAUUAUUCUGAUGGCGACAAAUCCGUUGCGCCUAUGAGUCCAACAAAGUCAGAUAAUUCUGGCCCCAGUACGCCCAGAGGGCCUAGCAAAGACCAGGCUUCGCCCACCAAGUCUUCACUAUCACCUUCCAAAUUCAAGAGCAGCUUCGACCAUGAGACGGGCACGUGGUCUGCGGAUGCAUCCACCGUGGACGGCCCUCCGAGCGGCCGGUCCUCGCAUCGGCACACGAAGAGCGUGACAUUCGACGCUGCGCCGCCCCAGAUCAACGAGUACGAGAUGGCCACCCCGGAUCUCUCUUCUAUCGGAACGAAUUCGCGCGAGGGCAGCUAUGAUUCGAUGGAAGAGGAUGAGGACGAGGACGAUGAUAUCUAUGAUCCUAAUCACAUGGGCGGCCCCGAGGAUGAGAGUUUCGAUGCAUCCCUGGAGGACACAGACAAGACCCCAGUUGUCGGCCCCGAUGAUUGGGCCAAAGACAACUCCUUGAUGAACAACGAGCAUGAGGAGUAUGACGGGAGCCCUAUGCCAGAGGGAAUUCCAGGAGCAGCCAGUUCGGGACGCCUAUCCAUGGGCAGCAGGGCUGACUCUGUGGGCUCCGUCGCAGAAAAUCGCCCUCUCCCCCCUCUUCCUGGAGCAGGCCAUGCCAGAAGCCAGUCUACCGGCUCUGUGCCCUCAUCUCCCGCGCUCUCUCAGACUCCGGAGAAGAUGGGUGGCUCUCACAGAAGCCUACCCGUCCCGCCUCCAGCCUCAGCUACAAAGUCUGAUAUCGAAAGCUUCAUUAGUGGCAAGAUGUCACUAGAAGAAAGACUCAAGCUCAUGAUGAUGACUGAUGAUAGCAGUGGUAAGACCGCUGCUGAGCAGCAGCGUGAGCGACGUCUUCGACGAAGUUCUGGCCGCAGUCGAAGCUCAUUGUCCCGUGACGAUACACUCAACACGGCUGACAAUAGCCAAGUCGCCCUUGACAUCCACAAUGAUGAAGAGGCAGAGGUCCAUGAAGAGGAAGACAACCUCGGCGACAUGUCCGGACUAGGGGACUACCAACUGCCACAGCCCAUCUCCAGGGAGUCUAUUAUGAAGCGUGUUAACGGAAACAAGAUAAUGGCUGAUCCCGAAUCAGAGUACAACUUUUCUUCGCCACCCGGCAGCCCCCUUCGAGACCAGCACUUUCCUCUUGACCCCGACGUUCCCAUUCCAUCAACUGAGGACUCUUUGCUGGAUGACGAGGACGAUGAAGACGAUGAAGGCGAUGGGCCUUAUGAUGAUGAUGAUCCUGUGGAGAGCAGUGUGAUUAUUCAUCGGGUUAUUCAUGAAGACGAUUCCGAGCUCGAUAUGUACGAUUCCGAGUACGAUGACGAAUAUGACGACGAGUCUCACUUCGAAUCUGAUGACGAUUUGGAUGCUUCAGGCUCUCAUUAUGGCGGUGAUGACAGCCAAUAUACAGAGUCCGAGCUUAAGACUGAGUCUUCUGACAGGACUGUGGAAGAUCCUGCCAAGGAAUCUGCCGAGGAACCUGUCAAGGAACCUGUUAAGGAGAUGGUCGAGGAAGCUAUCGAAGAACCUGUGCUGACUCCUCGUGCCAUCUCGCCAGUGGGAACCGAAGACGAAACACACACUGAGGCUGAGUCCAGUAUGAUCAGCGAGUCGGCAGCUUCAGUAUCUGAUCUGUCAUCGGAUGCCACUCCCGAAGCCACGAUGGAGCCAUCUUCGCUUGAACCCUCUCCAGAAGACUCAGAGCUAGAGCAUGACGUAUCGCCAAGGGUAUCAACUGAGAUUCUCCGAACCAAGACUCCAGAGAAGUUACUCCCGAAGCCUGAAUAUGACGGUACUGGCUGGGGCGACGAUUCAUACGUAGAAGAUAGAUCAGGAACUCCUGACUCUGUCAUCCAUAACCCCGUCUCUGAUGAAGAAGAAGAGAUUGUUCGGAAAGAAUCCCCCGAGAUUCCCGAAAGGCUCGCAACUAUCAAGGCCUCUGGCUCCAAGCUGAAGACGAGGGUUUCCAACACGCCUUCUGAUAUUGUGGCUAUGCGGGAGGCUCGCCGGCACGUUAGCGGUGAAAUACCCAGUGUUCCAUCUAUUCCAAGCAAGCAUCGCGCGCUCAUGUCGAGAGAUGGCAGCGACAUUGAGCUGAGCAAUGACAGUUUCCUGGCUCGACAUCCUAGCUUUAAGAAUCGGAGUCUGACGUUGGACCUGGACAUGGGCCUCAGUUUGGACAAGGACUUUGAACGAGUCAUUGAAACGCAAAAGGUAGCUUUUAGUCGUCCCUAUCCUCACACAGCACAGAUAACCACCAACUACCACCACUCUUCACCUCGACAAGUGUCAGGGGAGCAGCACACUUCACCAGAUAAGAAUCAACUCGAUGCUAAUAUCACAUCUCGUUCUCAGCGCGGAUAUCUCAUGCGACAAAACACCAAACUCGUGUCUGCCAGCGACAAGGACGCCGAGGAUCCUUGGAAAGCGCGAUCUGCUAACAACUCACCCAUCAAGUCGAGUCGGCCGCAGUCGUGGACCGUGGAACCCUGGAACAGCCAAACUCGUCGCAGUAUUCGAAAAGGCCAGCCGAUAUUAAGCCCUGUUCCACCGCUGCCGGGCCAGGAGAGCAAUUCGACAACUCUGAACAAGGUUGUUGAAGAAGAUUACAGUGUUGAUGCGGCCGGCCCGGAGGCGGGUGAGAGAGGCCGCCUAUUUGUCAAGGUCAUUGGUGUGAAGGACCUUGACCUACCAAUUCCAAAGAGUAAGUUGCAUCUUGUCCUUAAAUGGCAGCCGAAUCUAACAAAUUGUUUCUCAGACGAACGCAGCUGGUUCAGCCUGACACUGGACAAUGGUGUUCACUGUGUGACGACAGCUUGGUUGGAGUUGGCUCGCAAUGCACCAAUCGGACAAGAAUUCGAACUUGUCGUCCCCAACGACCUUGAAUUCCAGCUCACGUUGAACGUUAAGCUAGAGAAGCCUACGUACUCCAACGUCCAGCCCGCAGCAGUCAAGAUGGCAAAACCCAAGACAUCAACGUUCAGCAGGGUGUUUGCGUCACCCAAGAAACGCAAGGAGCUUGAGCUUCGACAAAGGGCAGAAGAGGAGCGCUUUGCGCUGCAGCAGAAGGAAGCGCUGGCACGAAAGCGUAAGGAUGCUGGCUCGGCCUAUGAGCUCCUUUCACCGCUGGCUGCUGAGGAUGGAAGCUUUGCUCGAGCUUACAUCUCCCUGAAAGAGCACGAAAGCCGAUGCUUCGGUCGCCCGUACACGGCCGAGGUUAUCUGCUUCAACGAGUGGGCUACUGAAGAAGAAAGUUUUGCCUCGACCAUCAAGAGCAAACGAGGCAACGCUCCCGGCAUCCUCAGAAAGGCGCCGUACAAUAUCGGGAAGCUGGAGCUUCAGCUUCUCUUUGUACCUCGCCCCAAGAAUGUUACGGAUGAUGACAUGCCCAAGAGCAUGAAUUCAUGCAUCCGGGAGCUCAAGGCUGCCGAGGAGAGGCUUGCCCGCAACUGGGAGGGUGUCUUGAGCCAGCAGGGUGGUGACUGUCCUUACUGGCGCCGCCGAUACUUUAAGCUUGUUGGCACGAAGCUGACUGCUUACCAUGAGGCUACUCGCCAGCCCCGAGCGACGAUUAACCUUUCCAAUGCCAAGCGAUUAAUCGACGAUCGUCGAACGUUGAUGGAGAAGGAGACAACAGGCAAGGGAGGCAAACGUCGCAGAUCUGCCUUUGCGGAAGAAGAAGAGGGGUACAUGUUUGUUGAAGAGGGCUUCCGCAUCCGGUUCAACAACGGCGAGGUGAUUGAUUUCUACGCCGACUCGGGCGAGGACAAGGAAGGCUGGAUGAAGGCCCUUUCCGACGUCAUUGGCCGUGGUGAUGCCGGAUUGGAAGAGGAUGCUAGUGGGCCCCGGUCGCGGGCAAAAUGGUGCGAACUUGUCUUUAAGCACGAAGAGCAAAUUCGACGCCGAACUGAGAGCCGGAGAGUGCACUCACGGACAAGGAGCACAUUC